AUGAGAAGCUUUCUGUCCUUUGCAGUCCUUGCAGUCCUUCUCCUGGUGCACAGCUCCCAGGCAGUCUACGUGCAGGAUGGAGACUUGAGAUUCUCCCUUGAGUCUGUGAAGAAGCUAAAGGAGCUGAUGGAUGAGAACAACCCCAUCAACCCUCGCAUGGUGGUUUCAAAGGCCAGCUAUUCUCCAUGUGAUGAAAAGGAUCUCCCUAAGGAGUUCCAGCCUGUGUGCAAAAGAGAAGAUGCACUCAGGGUUUUUGAGAGGCUGAACCAGGCUGUUCAGGAGGCUGAUCUGUGUGAGAUCUGUGCCAACGCUGCCUGCGCCGGCUGCUUCUGA